AUGGGGUUCCUCCAUUUCGCCAUUAACGGCCAAAGAAGCUCUCAAAUCCUCCAUCUCUUCACCAGAAUCCUCCUCCAAUUCAAGCUUCUCGCUGCUCAUUUCGGCCUCAUCAAGCCCUCACCGGAGCAUGUCGCUGAGUCUCCCUUCGAGCGCCCUACAAGCUACGUGUUGCUCACCGAGGGCCGCUACCCCUCGCUGGUCACUGUCCCGGCCGUGGAUUUACAGGCCAGGAUCAAGACCAGCCUUCCGAUCAUCGAGUAUGGGGAUUUUGUUGAAAAACAGGGGAGGGGGUCGCCGGAAGAGAAGGUGGAUGAAGAGAAUCGAAAGUGUACGAUCUGUUUGUGUGAAAUGGAGAGAUCGGAGACGAUGAGAGAGCUCUCUAAUUGCUGCCAUGUGUUCCAUCCGGACUGUUUGGACACGUGGAUUGAUGAGUUUCGGAUUACUUGCCCUGUUUGUAGAUCUUCCCGCCGGUCAAGCCGAUAG